AAACAUGAGAGUUCUUAUUGUGUUCCUGGAGGAAUUGGCCUGAUGACGUCUUUUCUGAUACCGGAUCAUUACGUGACUUAACACUUUGGAAGAAAAAAAAAAAAAGGGAAGCUCUUUGAUUCAUGGAUAAAAAUCCGAGCUGCACACAAUCCCAAACAAUAGCUGGCAUGGAAAGGUAAUAGGCAGACAAGCCCUGAUAAAGCCAGAUCUUCCUAAAGGAGUCCUCUGCCUGCUGCAUGUGUGCAGGUAUAUAUUCAUAUAUAUUUAUAGACACGCACACAUAGCUGCAUCCAUAUAUACAGAUACACACGCAAGCAGACAAGAACGAGGGCUGUCCAACUUGAAUAAGCAGCAGCCUCAGCCUGUGCAGCAGCAGGAGAAGAAAGCAGCUAGAGGACCGCCUCAGGAGAAGUAUCUCAGAGAGGAUCUCAUUGUCAGCAUCUCUGCCCAAGACUCAAUACUACAGGCUGUUCCAGCUCUCACUGCCUCCUUAGCUGCUUUGCUUCUCAAUCUCUAAUCCUUUUAUUCACUUCUUUUACCUGUAUACAGUAGCAAGGGAGCUUAGAUCUAUACCAUCCACCACCCCUCUUUGUGCCAUCCGUCUGCCCCCUUUCCUCUGCCCCCUUUCCUCUGCCCAGUCGGAAUCCACUUUGCUUUUUUUUUUUCUUCUGCUGGAUUUGUGGCUUACAUCAAACUUUUAAUCAACACCACAGCAACCUGCCAACUGUGAGACAGAACGAUGCAGCUGGCCACUUUCUAACAGACACGUGCACAAACUUACCGGCCACUUGGCUCAAUUCGAAACCAGGCAGCUCUCUGUAUAGAAGGACUUGCUCUUUUAUAUGAAAGACAAUGUUUAGGAAAGUGCUGCUCGUCUGGCUUCUGCUCUAUGGCAUCACGCGCUGCAGCGUCCACUCUUCACCUGCUGCGCUCAAGUAUCCAGCACUUAGGCUAGAAGAUGAAGUAUAUGAUGAAGACGGCAACACUCUCCCAGACUUUGCGUUUGAGAACGACCCCAUGGGUAUGGGGAACCCCUCCUCGGUCCUAGACGAUAUGUUCUCAUUUUAUUACCCGCCGGAAAAGAGACAUGCUGAUGAACUAUUAAACAAAGUCUAUAGGAAUGUGCUGGGGCAUUUGUCUGCAAGAAAAUACCUACAUACUCUGAUGGCCCAACGCUUAGGAACAAUCAGUAGCAGCUUAGAAGACGAGUCGGAACCCUUAUCCAAACGGCACUCAGAUGGAAUCUUCACCGACAGCUACAGUCGCUACAGAAAACAAAUGGCUGUUAAGAAAUACUUGGCAGCGGUGCUGGGGAAAAGGUAUAAACAGAGAAUUAAAAACAAAGGACGGCGUGUAGCCUAUUUGUAGCGAUGAGUCUCCAGCAGCCACCUCGUGUGUACAGCCCCAUCCACCCAGUCAUCCCCCAACUGACUGAACAAUCAUCGCUCUUGUGUUACCUACAAACAUGUAUUUAUGUAUGAAGUAAAGCCAUUAAAUGAAUAUUUUAAUAAUAA